AGAGUAGCCCAGAAGAUUGUUCGAGUUGUAUUAAUUUAUCAUAGUUUGUGAUGGAAGGCAAAAUCCAAACAAAUCAUGGCAAAGACCACACUUGCAGUAAUACGCCAAGCAAUAGAGAAACGCUGUAUGGGAGAAUUAUGUCUAAGGAAUUAAACUCACAUGAUGAAGAGAGUUCUGCAGAACUUAAGGAUGCUGUUGUUGAGACAUGUAGCAAAGGAGGAAGUGAAGCAGAUAAAAGUGAUAAGAACUUCUCAGUUGUCAGUUACAACUGUAGAGAUGAUGGCAAAAAUAUCAAUAGAGAAUCUGCCAACCCAUACUGGGUGACAAACAAAUCUUACUGCUGUGUAGUAUGCAAGAAAUGCUUUAAAUCUAAUUUAGAGCUUCUUAGACAUGAGUUGAUACAUACAGGGGAAAAUUUGUUGGAAUGUUUGGACUGUGGGAAAUGUUUUUCUAAUGAAGAGGAUCUAGUUAAACACCAGAAGUGUCAUGCUGGUGAUAAGCCAUAUAUGUGUUCUGAAUGUGGGGAAUGUUUCAGUCGAAAGGGAAAUCUUAUACGACAUCAGAAAAGCCACACAGGAGAGAAACCAUAUUCAUGUUCUGAAUGUGGAAGAUGUUUUGGUCGGGAAGAAACUCUUGUAAGGCAUCAGAAAAUUCAUACAGGAGAAAAUUCAUUUAUUUGUUCGGACUGUGGGAAAGGUUUCGUAAGUAACUUCCAUCUUGUUAGACAUCAGAAAUGUCACACCGGAGAAAAACCUUUUGAAUGUUACGAGUGUGGAAAACUUUUUGGACGAGAAGAAACGCUUGCCGUACAUCAGAGAAUCCACACAGGAGAAAAACCAUUUAUGUGUACGGAAUGUGAAAAAUGUUUUGUCAGUAAAUCGGAGCUCAUUAGACAUCGGACUUCUCACACAGGGGAAAAACCUUUUGAAUGUUCGGAAUGUGGGAAAUCCUUUACUCGAAAGGUUAAUCUAGUUAAACAUAAAAAGUUUCACACUGGGGAAACACCGUUUGUUUGUCCUGACUGUGGUAAAUGUUUUGUAAAUAAACCAGAUAUGGUCUCACACCAGAUCGUUCAUACUGGAGAAAAACCGUUUGAGUGUUUUGAAUGUGGGAAACGAUUCAACCAGAGAUCAAACGUCAUCGCGCAUCAGAGGGUACACACAGGCGAGAAACCAUACACGUGUUCAGAAUGUGGAAAAUGUUUUAGUCGUAGCACCACCCUCAUUAAACAUCAGAUUGUUCAUACAGAAGAUAAACCAUAUUCUUGUUCAGUAUGUAAGAAGUCUUUCCGAAGCAGCUCGUAUGUUGCUAUACAUCAGAAGAUUCACACGGAUACUGAACGAUUGCAAACAGUGAAUGUAAAAUAAAGAUUUACCGUUAUUUUUUAUUCAUUCACAGUCAAGAUAUUUCACAGUUUAAAAUAUUUUUUUUGCAUGGAAAUGUUAUGUUAUAGUUGUAUAUUUUGAUUAUGAAAUCAAUAGAGCACGUUUGUCCAGUAAUGAGAUGAUACAGAAAAUAAUAAUUUUCAGAUUUAAAGUGGUCAAAAUAAAUAAUUAAAUAAUUA